AUGGCAUCGGGGCCACAGUCCACCAGGAAGCUCUUAGCAGGACCAGCACUGAGUAGUGUCAAAUUUUCAAAUUUGUCACUGAAAUCACAGCAGGAAAAUAGGAAAUCUUGGGCAUUUACUUCAGAGCCAAUGUGGCAAGGUGUAAACCAUGUGAAAUUGUCAUCAGUGUCUCUGCCAGAACCUGGAAAAUCUGUGGAGUUACCACUAAAGUCAAUUCUUCAAACUAUGAAAUCUGGGAACCUAAUGCCACAGACAAUUGAUCCAGUCACAAAAUCGACUAAAGACCACCCAAGACCACAUCGUCAAGACCUGGUAAAACCUAUGGAGUUAACUCCAAGGGCAGAUAUUCAAGUGACUUCUGCAGAAGUAGUAUUUGAGCAGACAUCUCCCCUUAAGGAACCUAAAGUUUUAACUUGUGAGCAAAGGCUUCAGUCUGGAAAAUCUCUAAGCCUCAAAACCGAAUCUCCCAAAGUAAUGAAAACUGAGGAUUCCAGUCAAGGAUCGGUGUGUCAGAAUAAAGACUCAGAGAUGAUCACAUCAGCAAAGUUACAGGCAGAGGACUACUUAUCUAGGUUAAUACACAGCCCUUCAAUCCCAUUUCUCUCAAGCGUUGACAAAACAACUGAAUUAGAGCCCCUUCAGGGUUCUGGGGUGCCACAGGUUUCAAGAGCUUUUGGUAUGAAAAACCUUGGUGUUGGUAUUUUGCAGUCUUCAAAGUCCUAUACAGACACUAUUAUGAUAAAAUCUUCAUUUCUUCCGUUGGUCCUUGAAAAUCGACCCUCUGAUAAGACAGGGGACACCAAGGGAACCCCAUAUCCUGAGAUCUGGAGCAUGAAUAUCUUAUCUAAGGAAGAAAGUGGAAAGGAGAAAAUGGAGGAAUUCCAGAGGUAUUCUUCAUAUUCAUUCAGAUUACAAUCAGAAGAGUUUCAGGCAGGGUUAGGGGCUCGAAGAAGCUCUAUUGAGUCCCAGCAUUCCCUCAAGACAAGUUCUCUCUCCCAGUCCAAGAACGAUAUCUCAGAACAGCUCCAACUGCUAAAAGAACUACAGCUAAAAAUAGCAGGAAAAUUCCUAAGAAGUCAAAUACCCCACAAUGUCCCUCCACCCCUCGCGUCAGGUCUUGUUCUAAAGUAUCCCAUCUGCUUACAAUGUGGCCGAUAUUCAGGAUUUAAUUGCCGUCAUAAGUUACAGUCUGCUUUGGAGCCGUACCUUCUUAUCUACCCACAACUCCACCUUUUAAGCACCCCCGAAGGCCAUGGUGAGAUUAGGUUGCAUCUUGGAUUUAGAUUGCAAACUAGGAAAAGACCUCAAGUCUCAAAGUAUGAAAGAAACAGAGCAGAUCCAUGGAAGAGUGCUGCAUCACCAUCUCGAUGGAAAGCGAGAUUCUCUACGCUGGCUUCCAGGAGUCCUAGUCCUAGAAGAGAUUUCCAGUCCAGAUCUUCCCUGUCUCCUGCUUCUGUACAAGGUCACACUCAACAAAAGAAUUGGCAUAGCCCCUUUGGUGUGGCAGGAAAGACAACAGCCAAAGACUAUGAAUUCUGUCAGGUUCACUCCCUGUCAGAGAGUGACUAUGAAAGUAAUCAGGAUGAAAAAUGGGUAGAAUCAAGCCUCAGAAAGACCUUUGCCCCAGUGAAGACAAUCGCCAAGGGACCUAAAACACAAAGCCCAAGGCUCUACAGAAUCAGUACAAGCACAAAAAGCAGUCAUCCUAGAACACUGAGAGGUCUGCCAAGAAGCAGAAUUCAAACCACCCAAACAAGCACUGUCCCUUCCAGGAGACAACCUAAGAAAUUCUCCCAGCCCAAAUUCAUCCAACUGCUUUUUCACAGCCUAAGGAGGGCAUUCCAAGCAGCACAUAGAAUUGUCACUGUUACCAGACAGAAACUUGAGUACAAGAUGAGGCCAGACAAUUUGUGGUCAGUCAAAAACUUGUACCCCAAACAAAGAACCAAGGAUUAUUGCUUAAUGGGAGAUAGCAAAGGAGCCAGGACACCAGUUGUCGGGCACAGGUCAACAUUCUCAAUCCCUAAGCAAAAAGAAAAGUUGUGUAUGUCUACAGUUUUGGAAAGAAAAGGCUUUAAUGGUGAAAUAUUCAGUCUAGAGUCUAAGAACUGUUCUAAAGUAGGAGCCAAAUUUCAGGCCCAAGAGAGGAUUGUGUCUAACCCCCCUUUGAAAGGAAUCCUGCAGAGUCACGUUGGAAAGAAAGCCAUACACAAGGAAGAACAAGGCUUCUUCAGGGAGAGAACCCUAUGUAAUAAGCCAUUUGAAAGUACCCAUCGCAGGCUUCCUCAGAGAACUCAUUGGCGAAGUCUCUCUAAGAGGAGACAUCACAGUCCUUCUUGGAGAAGGCAUAGCAGUCCCUCUGACAGAACCUUUAUAAGUCUUUCUGAGAGGAGUCAUAGCAGUCCCUCCCAGAGAAACAGUCUUAGCUCCUCUCUAAGAACCUAUCAUAGUCUCUCUGAGGGAAGCCAUAACAGUCUCUUUAAGAGGAGAGGCCACA